GUUUCUGCGCGUUUCCAGUCAGCGCGCAUGCGUCGCCUGUGCUUCGCCGCUCCCGCCUCAGGCUCCGGGUAGGGCUCCGGGAUGUCCGCGUUGUGCGACCCUCCCGGGGCCCCAGGGCCACCCGGGCCUGCCCCCGCCACCCACGGUCCCGCGCCUCUCAGUGCCCAGGAGCUGUCCCAAGAAAUCAAGGCUUUUCUGACGGGUAUAGACCCCAUUCUGGGCCACCAGCUCUCAGCUCGUGAACAUGCUAGAUGUGGUCUUCUCCUGCUCCGUUCUCUGCCACCUGCUCGGGCUGCUGUACUGGAUCACUUGAGAGGUGUUUUUGAUGAGAGUGUCCGGGCACACCUAGCUGCCCUAGAGGAAAGUCCUGUGGCUGGUCCACCUCACCUUCGUCCACCUCCACCCUCCCAUGUCCCUGCUGGUGGACCUGGCUUAGAGGAUGUGGUGCAUGAAGUGCAGCAGGUGCUAUGUGAGUUUAUCCGGGCCAACCCAAAGGCCUGGGCACCUGUGAUUAGUGCAUGGUCCAUUGACCUUAUGGGACAACUGAGCAGUACAUAUUCGGGUCAGCAUCAGCGUGUUCCCCAUGCCACUGGCUCUCUUAAUGAACUGUUGCAGCUGUGGAUGGGCUGUAGGGCCACCCGCACAUUAAUGGACAUCUAUGUGCAGUGCCUCUCAGCUCUCAUUGGUAGCUGCCCAGAUGCAUGUGUGGACGCCUUGCUGGACACUUCUGUCCAGCAUUCUCCACACUUUGACUGGGUUGUGGCCCAUAUUGGCUCUUCUUUUCCUGGCACCAUCAUCUCCCGAGUCCUCUCCUGUGGCCUUAAGGACUUCUGUGUUCAUAGUGGGGCUGGAGGAGGAGCUGGUGCUUGUGGUGGAAGCUCUUCUCAAACCCCAUCUACAGACCCCUUCCCUGGAUCUCCUGUCGUCCCUGGGGAAAAACGGGUGCCCAAGAUUGCCUCAGUUGUAGGCAUCCUAGGGCAUCUGGCCUCUCGCCAUGGAGACAGCAUCCGACGGGAACUACUGCGCAUGUUUCACGAUAGCUUGGCAGGAGGUGCUGGGAGCCGCAAUGGGGAACCCUCCCUUCAGGCCACAGUUCCUUUCCUCCUGCAGCUGGCAGUCAUGUCACCAGCUUUGCUAGGCACAGUCUCUGGAGAACUUGUAGACUGCCUCAAGCCCCCAGCAGUGCUAAGCCAGCUGCAGCAGCACCUACAGGGGUUCCCCAGAGAGGAGCUGGAUAACAUGCUAAACCUGGCUGUGCACCUGGUGAGCCAGGCCUCUGGGGCUGGUGCCUACCGCCUGCUGCAGUUCUUAGUGGAUACGGCUAUGCCUGCUUCAGUCAUCACUACCCAGGGCCUGGCUGUGCCAGACACUGUGAGAGAGGCCUGUGACCGGCUAAUCCAGCUGCUACUGCUACAUCUACAAAAACUGGUUCAUCAUCGGGGAGGGUCUCCUGGAGAAGGGGUGCUGGGCCCGCCCCCACCUCCUCGUCCAGUGCCCUUUCUUGAUGCGUUAAGAAACCAUGUUGGAGAGCUGUGUGGAGAGACUUUGCGGCUGGAACGGAAGCGCUUCCUCUGGCAGCACCAGCUCCUGGGCCUGCUGUCUGUCUAUACGCGACCUAGCUGUGGGCCUGAGGCGCUGGGCCAUUUACUGAGCAGAGCCCGAAGCCCGGAAGAGUUGAGUUUGGCAACGCAGCUGUACGCAGGGCUAGUGGUUAGUCUCUCUGGCCUUCUUCCCCUGGCCUUCCGAAGCUGCCUGGCUAGAGUGCAUGCAGGAACCUUACAGCCUCCCUUCACAGCCCGGUUUCUGCGCAAUUUGGCCUUGUUAGUGGGGUGGGAACAGCAGGGUGGUGAGGGCCCUUCAGCUUUAGGGGCCCGGUUUGGGGAGUCAGCCUCAGCGCACCUGUCUGAUCUGGCUCCUCUUCUGCUACAUCCAGAGGAGGAAGUAGCUGAAGCUGCUGCCUCCCUCCUGGCAAUAUGUCCCUUUCCUUCAGAAUCCUUGUCCCCUUCCCAACUUUUGGGAUUAGUGAGAGCUGGGGUGCAUCGCUUCUUUGCUUCUCUAAGGCUGCAUGGCCCUCCCGGCGUGGCCUCAGUCUCUCAGCUUCUUACUCGCCUUUCUCAGACUUCCCCAGCUGGGCUCAAGGCUGUCCUGCAGCUGCUAGUGGAGGGAGCCUUACAUCGGGGCAACACAGAACUGUUUGGAGGGGAAAUGGAUGGGGACAAUGAGAUUCUCUCAGCUGCCUCUACCCCUUUGGCUUCUGCCUCUCUGUUGGACAUUAACCGGAGGCAUACUGCAGCUGUGCCAGGUCCUGGAGGGAUCUGGUCAGUUUUCCACGCUGGAGUCAUCGGCCGUGGCUUAAAGCCACCUAAAGUUGUUCAGUCUCGAAACCAUCAGGAAGUUCUCUAUAACACCCAGAGCCUCCUUAGCCUUCUAGUGCACUGCUGCAGUGCACCUGGGGGCAGUGAGUGUGAGGGUUGCUGGGGGGCUCCCACCCUGAGCCCAGAGGCAGCCAAAGCAGUUGCAGUGACCUUAGUGGAGAGCGUGUGUCCUGACGCAGCUGGUGCUGAACUGGCCUGGCCCCCAGAGGAUCAUGCACGGGCCACUGUGGAGCGGGAUCUCCGCAUUGGUCGGCGCUUCCGGGAACAACCCCUUCUGUUUGAGCUUUUGAAGCUGGUAGCAGCUGCUCCCCCAGCCCUGUGCUACUGCUCCGUGCUGCUGCGGGGGCUGCUGGCUGCCCUCUUGAGCCAUUGGGAAGCCUCUCGACACCCUGAUACAGCCCACUCCCCCUGGCACCUGGAGGCAUCCUGCACCCUGGUGGCUGUCAUGGCUGAGGGAAGCCUCUUGCCACCAGCCCUGGGUAAUAUGCACGAGGUGUUUAGCCAACUGGCACCUUUUGAAGUGCGUCUGUUGCUGCUUAGUGUCUGGGGUUUUCUCCGGGAGCAUGGGCCCUUGCCCCAGAAGUUCAUCUUCCAGUCUGAGCGGGGCCGCUUCAUCCGGGACUUUUCCAGGGAGGGUGGAGGUGAAGGAGGACCCCAUUUGGCUGUGUUGCACAGUGUCCUCCACCGUAACAUCGAUCGCCUGGGGCUCUUCUCUGGCCGUUUUCAGGCGCCUUCACCUUCACCGUCCACUCUGCUUCGUCAGGGGACUUGACCUUUUCUCUGCUCCGGAAAUCGAGGGAGGUUGAACAGUGAAAGAAGAGACUAAGGUGCUACAGAAGGGUGGAGACUUCUAAGUCCGUACGUAAGGAGCGGUGUCACUUUUUUCAAACCCCAUCAUUUUUUUCUAAAUAAAAUUUGCGGAGUUGAGACAAACA